AUGGUCAUUGGCCUUCUCAUCCUCACCUCGAUUCCGACGGUGACCGGUGUCGCCCAAGCGAUUUCGGGCCAGAAGACACAGAAAGAGCGGGAGAAAGAUGCAAAGCGCAUGAAGAAGUUCCACAUUGACAUCUCCUGUGAAGUGCAAAGCACUCGCAUUGGAGAAAUUCACGGCAAGAGGCUGGUCUUACGCGACGAUCGCGUCUGGCUAGGUCCGCACGAGGCCCUAAAUCCAUGCUCGGAAGGUUAUGUUGCCGAAUCAUUCUAUAUCGAAUACCCGGACAACGAAAGAGUGCCGGUGGAGAUAGGUCUGGUCACUCAAGUUCGGGAUGAUCCUCCGUUAUUGAACUGGAUUUAUGUGGAUAAAGACACGAUGGAGUUGAAAUAUGGGAACAAAAGUGUUAGUAUAGCACAUCAUGUUGGGCCUUGGGAUUGGACAGAGGAUGAAAAAGGUAUCACUUUCGAUGGCAAAGAACGCUUCACGGCUGUUGAAGACCCUAAGACACACAGGUGGCAGAUAUAUUACGAUAUGGACAGUGAUGGACUGAGCAGAUAUGUACCAAAUAGUAGGCGUAAGAUGUCCGUAAGACUUGAGAGAACAUUGAUACCGGGCGUUUAG